AUGUCCUUCUCAAACAUGAUCCAAGACGCCCUUUCCGGCCACGGGCACAGCAACAACAACAGCAACAACAGACACGACAACCGAGACGACGACAACGACGACUUCAACCCCGCCGUCCGCUACGCCGAAUCCCACGCCAACACCUCGGACACCUCCCUCUUCACCUCCGCCCUCUCCUUCCUAAACGAGAACAAGCACCGCCUCUCCGCCGACAACGACAUCAACGAGCAGGAGAUGAUCCACGCGCACCAGUCGCUCUACGGCGGCGACAACGGCGGCGGCGAAAGCGGGCGGAGACACGACUCGAACUCCCUCGGUGCGGGGGCGGCGAUGCAAGCGCUCAAGAUGUUCACGACGUCCUCGGAGGGGGAGAAGAGCGGGAUGGACAAGAAUGCGUUUAUUGGGUUGGCGAUGGCGCAGGCGAAGAAGAUGUUUGAGGAGAAGGAGGCCAAGGGGGAGGUGAAUGGUGAUAAGCAAUCUGCUAUCAAUACGGCGGCGGAAAUGGCGCUCAAGAUGUACUUGAAGAGUGGGGGCGGUGGUAUGGCUGGCACCGGUGGCCCUGGUGGUGGCCUGUUGCAGCUGGCUAGCAAGUUUCUGUAG